AAAAAAAAUAAACAAAUAAAUUUCGCGACCCCUCUUUCUCUCUCGCUCUCACGCCCCCCUCUCGCGCAGCGCCGCAGCGGUUGCUCCCUGAUUCCUCUCCUCUCGAGUCUCGCCACCGCCGCCUUCGCCGUGUUCCCUAUCCUCUCCGAUGGCUUCAGCGAAGGUGGAGAACCGCGGCGCGUUGUCCAAGAGGUCGCGCAACGACGUGUCUGUAAGGGAGGGGGACUGGAAUUGUCCUCAGUGUGGUAAUGUCAACUUCAGUUUUAGAAAUGUUUGCAACCGUGGAGCCUGCGGUGCACCCCGUCCAUCACCGAGUCCAAGUCCAAGAAUGAUGCCAGCACCUCCUGCUGGUGGAUAUGAUCGGUCACCUCUAUUUUAUGGCAGCAGUGGUGCCCCACCUCCCAUUCCUCUUGGAUCUGGUAGCUAUGGUGCUCCAUAUCCUCAUCUUGGGAUGCGAUAUGGUUAUGGCCCACCAGUCGGAGCUCCUGGUUCAUAUGGCCUUUUCUCUUCUUAUGGUCAACCUGGGCCGAUGGGUGGCAUGGGAUAUGGCCCUGGACCUGAGCUAGGCCGAUAUAGCUAUGGGUUUAGAGGAUCUCCAAUGCCGGUUUCUAGCCCAUGGUCUGGUGGAGCACUAGUGGAAAACAAUGACAGCAGUGCUUCACGAAAGCGCCGUGGUGGCCCCGAUGGACUUUCUGAGGGUGACUGGGUCUGCCCCAAAUGUGAUAAUGUUAACUUUGCAUUCCGAAACACUUGCAACAUGAAGAAAUGUGGAGCUCCGAGGCCAACUCCUGGAGCUAACACGAGCUCGUCUCGCAAGGACAAGGAUGCCCCUGAAGGAAGCUGGACCUGCCCUGAGUGCAACAACCUGAACUACCCCUUCCGCACGGUGUGCAACCGGAAAGGAUGCUCAUACAGCAGGCCGGCCCCGACGAACAACUGAACCUGACCUUGCACAACAUGUCGAGGACCAUUGCCGAAAUACUGUUGUACCCUACCUUGUAGCCUAUACAAGAAGUAUUGUAAACUGUAAACUGCACAAAUGUGUUUCCUGUUCCUUCUUGAGGGAGAUCCAAUUCGUUAUGUUUGAUUUUAGUAUACCGUAUAAAUCUUGAAGACAAUUGAAAGAGCAUUAUACUUA